AGGGCGCCGCGAGGGGCUGGGGGCGGGGGCUGUGCGCGGCCCCCUCCAUCCCGCGCUUUGCUUGCAGAGGGCUUGCGGGAGUACUUCAGCCAGUUCGGCGAGGUGAAGGAGUGUCUGGUGAUGCGGGACCCGCUGACAAAGAGAUCCAGGGGGUUCGGGUUCGUCACGUUCAUGGACCAGGCUGGUGUGGACAAGGUUCUGGCCCAAUCCAGGCAUGAGCUGGACUCCAAGACGAUUGACCCGAAGGUUGCAUUCCCCCGCCGUGCUCAGCCCAAGAUGGUGACCCGGACGAAGAAGAUCUUUGUGGGGGGUCUCUCAGUGAACACUACUGUGGAGGAUGUGAAACAAUAUUUCGAGCAGUUUGGAAAAGUGGAUGAUGCUAUGCUGAUGUUUGACAAGACGACCAACCGACACCGAGGGUUUGGAUUUGUCACAUUUGAGAGCGAAGACAUUGUGGAGAAAGUGUGUGAGAUCCAUUUCCAUGAGAUCAACAACAAAAUGGUGGAAUGUAAAAAAGCUCAGCCAAAGGAAGUGAUGUCCCCCACUGGCUCUGCGAGAGGGCGGUCCAGAGUGAUGCCUUACGGGAUGGAUGCCUUCAUGCUUGGGAUUGGCAUGCUGGGUUAUCCAGGUUUCCAAGCUGCCACUUACGCCAGUCGAAGCUACACUGGUAUUGCACCUGGCUACACUUAUCAGUUUCCUGAAUUCCGUGUAGAGCGGACCCCUCUCCCGAGUGCCCCCGUCCUCCCUGAGCUCACAGCAAUUCCCCUCACUGCGUAUGGACCAAUGGCAGCGGCAGCGGCUGCAGCAGCUGUAGUGCGAGGGACAGGCUCUACUCCAAGCCGUACUGGUGGGUUUCUGGGCACUACCAGUCCUGGACCAAUGGCAGAGCUUUACGGAGCAGCCAAUCAGGAUUCAGGGGUCAGCAGUUACAUCAGUGCUGCCAGUCCAGCCCCAAGUACUGGCUUUGGCCACAGCCUAGGGGGUCCCUUGAUUGCAACAGCUUUUACCAAUGGGUACCACUGAAGCUGGGGACCAAGGAGCAGGAGAUUCCCCAGUGACCUAACCGAGGACAGCAGGCUGGAGGAUCUGGUGAGCCUUGGGGGGAUGAGCCAAGGUUUCCUUUUUGUUGAGUAAAACUGCACACUGCCAGCCGGCUGCCAGGCUCCUGCUGACCUGCCCUGAUCUCUCCCAUUGACCAGACCGCACUGGACUGAACCUAAGGAGAUCAUCUCGCUUUCUUACUAACCACCGACGGUUUACGCUUCUCCCUCCCCAAGCCCCCAACCCACCGAUUCUUCUUUUAUUUAUUUUAUUAGCUGUUAGUUUUAUUUUUUUAUUUUAUUUUUUUAUCUUUAUCGUUUGGGGGGGGGGUCCCUCCUUUUGUUUGCUCUUUCCUGAGCUAGUAGACACAUUUUAUGAAUUGGCUUUGUGAUUGUGUUAGGUAGUUUUUAUUGAGGAGUAUUUUUAUUUCACUUUGAAAUUGUUUUGAAUAUUUUCGACUCUGUUGUUGUGUUGUCAGCGUUUUUAAAGGACAGUAAGUAACGUGAAUGCAGUUCGGAAGGGAAGAGAGAGAGACAGAGCGAAGGCUGAGAGGAACUGAUACAUUUCUUUUCUUUUUUUUUUAAAAGAAACUGUUUUUAAUUGUUUCUGUUUUGUAAAUGUGAGGCUUUGAAACAUGCGAAACUCCAAGGAUCCAGAAAUGUGGGACAUCGCUACGGAACAAAACAAAUGUAUAUUUUGCUAAGUGAGAAAACACUAUCCUUAUGGCUGAAAGAAGUUUUGUUUUCCUAGGGUUAGUUUUACGUGGGGUUUUCUUUUUCCUCCUGUAUAAUAUGUAAAUACUGUGAGGUGAACCUGGCUUGAGGCUGCAGCCUGCCUCUAAGGAGCAGCUCCAGGUUCCUGGACUUGGCACCUCAGCGUGAGCAAUAUUCUCCAGCAGAAUCCUGACAGGACUCCUUUCUUUUUUCUACACCUUUUACUGUAAGAUUUUAAGACCUCUGAUGAAAUGGAGUGGGGGGGAAUGACACUUACCAGCCAUCGGCUGUUUUGCUGAGCGGGUUAAAGCUGCUUCCAAUUGCUCGAUGUACAGACUCCCUCAUUGGGCUCCUGUAGUGCCAGCAUCUGGUUUGGCUUAGGCAAAGGGCUUUACCGCCACUGCUUGUCUUGGUUACUUUGAAAGGAAUUGACUCUCCAAAUAUUAUCGCCUGUGUCAAGGUUUCUGGGAGAAGAGGAUCUUCUUCUAGGGGUUAGGGUGUUCGGAAGGAGUGUUGUCUGGGGGGGUGGGAUAUUGGGGUGGUUGUACUCUGAAGGGCAGGGCAGUGGGUUGGGGUGUGAUUAGCUUGGGAGAAAAGCAUUAGGGUGGUGAUUUGGGGCGGGUUAAGGGCUUCUCAGGGAUCAUAUGAAUUAAAGAAUCACAGCUUCCCAUUUGCUUUACUCUGUUCCGAAGUCUGUGGGAGUUUGUCCUCUGUCCUGUACUUGGAUGAUCUGGUCCGUUCUUCAGACUGUUGGGACUUCCCCCCCAAGUGGCCCAGGCUCUCAAUAACAAGAGGUCUGUGCUCAGGGGAGGCUCCUGCAGGAAUUUAAGGGGCAGGUUUGGGUCUGGAUUUAAGUGAACCAAAGACCUUGUUUAGGGGGGUGAUUAAGCCUUUCAUUAAGAUGCAGCCCAACACUUUCCCAGGGAAAUAAUGCUGCUUCAUCUUAAGUUUUAAAUAUCAUUCCCUCUCAUCCCCCAAACUGAGCCCCAGUAAGGGAGAAGGGCCACACAGCCCAAAUGGGUCCCUCCCUUCCUUCACUUUCAUCCUUCUUCCCACCCCCACUGCCUCAUGGCUUGUACUGAGUCCCAGCAGUGGGGCCCUGCCUGACCUGGCGAUACAUUUGGAGAGUUUUGCUUUAGGCAAGAGGUACUUAAUGGUUUAGUACUGAAAACACAAAGCAAUAAUUUUUGUUACUGAGACAAGAGUCUGUAUGUCUGUUUUUUUAAAUAUUUCCUAAUUAAAGAAGAGCUGCAUUUUAUUGGGUUUAUUUUUAUUCUAUAUACUUCAAAUUUGGGUCUGCAGACAGCGCUUUCCUCCCUCUUGGUACAUGCGCUGAACUGCUUCCUUGUGCCCCUCCAGACACGCACAGCCCAGCCACACUGCUGCUGGGCUGCGAGUCGCUCUAUGGCAAGUGUUGCCACUGCCUGGGAGCAGGGGCGCUCUGGUUUCAGGGUGGGCAUUUUUUUUAAAGAAAUAAAGCUGUGUUUUUAAGCCAGUAAGUUAUUACACUCCGAAGUUUGUUCUCUCCACACCUGUAACCCUUUUUCCAGAUUUCAGUUUUAAAUUCCUAAUAAAUUAU